AUGACUUCCGUUGCUGGUGUAGAUGUAUUUGAAUUAGAAAAUUUUCGUAAAUAUAUCCAUUUAUUAAAUACAUAUAUCCUUACGCAAGAUCAAAACGUUUAUUCAAUUGAAAGUUUAUUACAAUCACUAAUCGAAAAACAAAUUCUAUGUCAAUUUCGUCUUGAAAUAUUAAAUGAUGUUUUAUUAAUGUUAAUUGAAUCAAAUAAAAUAAAAGCAUGGGAUAUUGUGAUGAAAGAUUGUAAUUUUCAAAUUUGUUUGAUUGAAUUACGUGAAUUAUGGUUAAAGAAACAACUGAAACAAUUUGAUAUUGCAUUUCAUAUUGAACAAUUAAGAGAACUGAAUCAAUAUUUACCAUACAGAAUAAGUAUAAUUAAUUUUGUUUUAUGUCAAUUAAUAGAAGAUCCAAAUAUUGAUGAAUUAAUUCAGUUUUUUAUUCAACUAUUUAAUUGUAGUUUAACAAUAGAAAGCAAGGAAUACUUUUUGACAAAUAAAAUAUCCAAUAAAAUUAAUUUAAAGAAUUUAAAAUUGAAAUUAAAUGAACAAUUUAUUCAAAUACUAUUAUCGAAGAAAUUUCCAUCUUAUGCACAAUAUUUUCAUGAUAGUCAAAAUUAUCAUUUUAGAAGAAAAAAAACAUCGGUUGAACAAAAUGCAUACAAUCAAGCAGAAACAACAUAUUGGUAUAAGGCAGAAGAUAUAGCAAUAAUAUCAAUGGAAUGGAUGAAAGAAUUUUAUGGAACAAAAUUUCGAAUUACUCAAGCAUUAGGAAAACAAGAAGACAGAAAUUUAUCGAGAAUUCUAUGUGAUGUUUUAACUGAAUAUAAGCAAGAUCAUAGAUCAACGAUUAUUCCAUUGAAUAUUGCCCAUAAUCAUUGGGUUACUUUAGCAUUAAUAUACAAUGAAAAGAACAAAGAAAAUAUUGCAUUAUACAAAGAUUCGAUGGGUGAACAUCAUUCCAUUGUAGAACGAAUAGAAAUACAAAAUAUUCUUACUAAUCAGUUAGAAAACAUGAAUUUCAAAUUUCAUCGAUCUUGUGAUCAAUUUGAUGAUUAUAAUUGCGGAGUAUUUACUCUUGCAAAUAUGAAAUCUAUGGCAGAGAACUUAUCUAAACAAAAACAGAAAUUAUUUAUUGAUAAUUUUGAAAAAUGGAAUUUUGUUACACAAAAACAAGCGAUCGAACUUCGUCAUAAACAAUUCCCGAAAAUGUAUGUAUUAAGUUUAUUUCAAUCGUACAAACGAAGAAAAAUUGCCAAUUAUCAUUCUAUUGAAUUGAAAUUGAUCAAAGAUUUACUAGAAGAAAAUAAACAUGUAACAUAUCCAAUAACAAUUGACGAAACCGAAAAAUUUGAAAAUGGAUUACGUAUAUCAAUUUGUUUAUCACAAGAAGAAAAUUUAAUCAAUCAAAAUAAUUAUGAAUAUUUGUACGGAAUUGAAGCAUCAGCAAUAAUACAAGGUAAUGAAAUCGAUUUUCGUCAAGAUAGUAAACUAAAGGAAGAUAUUAAACGUAUAUUGAAAAUCAACGAAAUUUAUAGUACGGAAAAGAAUAGAAUGAAAAUAUUAGAUCGACAAUUGAUUGGAAUCAAAAAAGAGAAAAAAAGAAAAUUAAAUCCAGAUAAUGAAUUAAUAAAUCAAAUAUCAGAUGAUGAAAUUGAAGAAAUUUUAAAUCAAGUUUGUGUGGAAAUCAAUUCAACAAAUAAACAAAUUCUAUGUAUGAAUUUAGGUUUAAAUAGAAUAAAUAAUCAAAUAAUUGACAUCAACAAAUGUGAAAUAAUAAAGAAAUUACAUGGAAAAUUGAUUAAAAUUUUACAUUCAGGUUGGACACUCAAAUCAAUACAACAAAUAAUUAAUCAUAUUGAUUUGAAAAAAGAUAUCAAACGUUUAUUUGAUGCAUUAGAUCCAAUUUAUGAAUAUCGUUUAAAAGAAUUUGAUAAUAAUAUUAAAGGAAAGACGCUAAUUGAUAUUUUAACAUCUAUUUUUCCAGAAGAUUUAACUGAACAAAUACAUGAUUUAGCUAUAUUUCAAACAUUUGAACGUUCUUAUGAUAAAAACUUUAAACAAUUAAUAGAAGAAAUAUUAUAUUUAAAUCGAAAUCAAACAAUAUCAUUUAUUGGCGAGAAAAAAAUUACAGAAGAAUAUAAAAAUAUUCAAAUUACUUAUCUAAGUAAAUCUGUACUAUAUCCAAAUUCUAAUUGCAUUCAAAAAUGGUCAACAUCAGACAUACAACAAUGGACAGAAGAGGUAAAAAAAUCAUCGAAUUCCGUUAGUCAUCAUGAAAAAAUUGCCGUUGUAAUGAAAGCAGUCGAAAUUACGAGCAAAUUUCCUGUAAGAGAAAUUCAGUUAUUAUCACUGUUGAUAUUGAUAAAUUCUGAACACAGUACUGGACGUCUCGUACAAAUCAAUACUGGAGAAGGAAAAACAACAAUUGUGGCCAUGCUAGCUGCAAUUAAAGCUCUUGAAGGACAUCAAGUAGAUGUUGUUACGAGUUCACCUGAAUUAGCUAAACCACAAUCGAUACAAUUAAAAGAAUUUUAUCAACAAUUCAAUUUAACUGUAUCUCACAAUGGAAAAGAUUUAGUAGAUAUCAAAAUACGAUACACAGCUGAUAUUGUUUAUGGUGCAGCAAGUGACUUUCAAGGUGAUAUCUUACGUGAUGAAUAUAGUAAAUUGGGUACUCGAAAUGGUCGAAAAUGUGAUGUGGCAAUUGUUGAUGAAGUUGAUUCAAUGUUAAUUGAUGACAGAAAUCACAUUGUGAUGUUAUCGUCUCAAAUGCCGGCAAUGGAUCAUUUAGAACCACUUUUAGCAGCGAUUUGGAUUCAGAUUGGAGAAGUUGCCAAAUAUAUUGAAGAAACUAAUGGUAAAACCUAUUUCAUUCAACAACCAGAUAUAUUUGAUAAUAGGGGUGAAGUUAGAUUUGAUAUUGCCGCACAAGCUGUUGAAAUUAAAGAAUCAAAAGAAGAUUUUAUCAAAAAGUGUACAGAAAAACAUCUAAGGAAAUUAAUUCGAGAUAUCGAUCAAAAAAUACCAGAGAAAUAUCCCGAAAUUAAAAUUCCGAAACAUUUAAGAGAAUUAGUACUUAAAUAUCAACUUACAAAAUGGAUUGAUAGUGCAAUUCAUGCAAAAUAUCGAUGUCACAAUCAACAACAUUAUCUUCUCAGAAAUGGAAAGAUUGUACCAGUUGAUGCCAGUAAUACAGGAAUUAUUCAAACAAAUAUGCAUUGGAGUAAUGGAUUACAUCAAUUUUUACAGAUUAAACAUGGUGCUAAAAUUUGUGCCGAAAGUUUAACAACGAAUUUUAUCUCAAAUGUAACUUAUUUCAGACGAUAUGGUUCGAAUCUUUUUGGAUUAACAGGUACACUUGGUAGUAAAGCUGCUCAAAAACUAUUAAGUAAAAUUUAUAAUGUAGACAAUGUUAUUAUUCCACCGUUUAGAAAAAAACAAUAUCAGGAAUUAACACCAAUUAUUGUGGAUAAUGAAGAUGAUUGGUAUGAGAAUAUUAUUGAAAGUUCAAUGAAUAAACUCAAUAAUGGACGAGGUGUAUUAAUAAUUACAAAAUAUAUCAAAGAAGUGGAUGAAAUUAAAAAUCGAUUGAUUAAGUCGGGUUAUGAUCAAUCAAAAAUAAAAACAUAUAGAACGGGAGAUGAAUCGAAAAUUCUCGAAGAAGAAUUGACAUCUGGUGAAAUCAUUAUUGCCACAAAUAUUGCUGGCAGAGGAACAGAUAUUCGAGCAGAUAAAAUUGAAAAAUAUGGUGGAUUACAUGUUUUGGUUACAUUUUUACCACCAAAUGAACGAGUUGAACAACAAAAUGUUGGUCGAACAUCAAGAACAGGAAAUAAAGGCACUGGUCAAUUUAUUUUAUUACAACAAUAUGAAAAUGAUUAUUUGAGUUUAAAAACAAUUCGAGAUAAACAGGAAGAAAUUGAGAUAUGUAAAGCAGAAAUACAAAUAGAUGAGGUAACAAUUAAAGAUGCAGUAUUUGAGGAAUUUUGUAAGUUACUUACAAAGAUUAAUGGAAAUGAUGAUACACAAACAAAAGAAAAUAAAAUAAAACAACGUGCCGUUGAAGAUAGAUUUGGUAUUUGGUUAAAAAUGCAAGAGUCAACAAAAAGAAUAACAAAAAAAGAGAUGCUGCGGAAAUUUAAGGUAUUUGAAGAAGAAAUUUUGAUCGAUAAUGCAAACAAUGAUUUAAUUAGAAAUCCAUAUUUUCAUGUUUUAAUUGGAAAUGAAUGUCUAAAGAAAAAAGAUGCAGGAAAAAAUCAAGAUGCAAUCAAAGAAUUUACAAAAGCAAUUAAAUUGGAUGAACAUUUCCAAGUUAAUGCUUAUUAUAAUCGUGGAUACGCACGACUUGCUGAAUAUGGAAAAGAUUGUAAGCGAAAUAAAGACGAAAUUGAUGCAGCAAUUAAUGAUUUUAAACGAGCAAAACAAAUCAUCGAAGAGAAUUUGGAACCGAUGUUACAUGUUAUUCAACAAGCAUCAAUUUCUGAAGCUUUAUCUGAACAACUAAGACGCAAAAUGCUUUUAUUCAGUACACAAAAAUAUACAAUUGAAUUAGCAAUUGGAAUUACAACAGAAGAAGUUAAUGAUGAAAAACAAGACUCCAACGAAGAAUCAAGUAAUGACAAAGAUAAAGAAUCACAAGAACAUGGAUGUAUUGGUCAAGCAAGAAAAGAUAAUUAUGAUAUUGAAGUUGAAUAUUUAGAAAUUGAACAAUUAUUACCACGAGAUCAAGACAUCACAUUGUUUAGCGAUGAAAUUGAAGAAUAUAAAAAUAAUGGAUUUUUUGGAUCCUUUAAAAUAAAAGGAUUGAAACCGAUUGAUUGGUCUGCAGUUAUUAUUGUUGCCAGUCUUGGUAUUGCGCAAAUAGUUGCUGGAGCAGCACUUGCUGUAUAUACUGCCGGUAUAGGUAGUGCCAUCGGUACAGCAUUAAUUGCUGAAGGUGUUAGUGAUCUGAUUGUCGUAGUACAACGCGGCAUUAUCAAUCGAGAUUUUGAUUGGAAAUCAUAUGGAAUACAAAAAGCUAUCAGUUUAACUGUAGCUAUUGCAUGUGUCGGAUUUGGUGCAAUGCUAGAUGUAGCAAAAACUGUACUGGCAGGAGCGAGUAGCAUCGGUCAAGUCAUGACGACAACAGUAAAAGCAGGAUGGAUAUUAGCAGCGAAAGCUAUUGCAGCAGGUUUAGCUAAAGGUAUAGCGAAAGAAUUAAUAACACAACUUAUUGAUCAUGGUGUAAGUAAAUCAUUGAUGCCUAUUAUACAAGACGAAGUUAUGAAACGAGUUGAAAAGCCAAUACAAAAUGCUUUAUUAAUCAAUGAUCAAGUGAAAAAAAUGCUCCAAUUAGAUGAAAAAAAUCGAAAUAAUUACUAUGAACGUCUAAUCAGACAAAAAGCAAUGGAAUUAUUCCAUUCAACUGAACAACAAAGUGCAUUAAAAACUAUAACUAUUGGUAUAGUUAAAGGUAUUGCUACACAGAAAAUAUCCGGUUUAUCAGCAGUAUUGAAAGCUGUUCAAGUAAAACAAACUUUAGAGGAGUUAGAUAAAUUUGUGCCUAAUUUUAUAGAAAAAUUAAACAAAGCAAUCGAAAAUAUAUAUAAAGAAGGGAAAUUGGAUGAAAAAGAAACUCAAAAUUACAAGACAUCAGAACAACAAAAACAGCACACAACAAGUGAACAAAAAAGCAGGAUACGCAUGAAAGAAGAAGAUACUCAAAAUUAUAUAUUGACUUAUACUCCAGAAACAUCGAGUAAAGACAUCGACCUUAAAAAUGUACCAGAACCUGAACAAGUCAAUUCUAGAAGAGAAAAUAAAUCUUCUGAUGACUUGUAUAGAGCAUUAGCAAAGAAUGUAUCGCAACAUAUCUGUAAUAUUAUACAACGUAAACUGAUUGUUCUAGUUACCGAUUUUGGUAUUAAUCAUAGUAUGACACUAUUAACUGCAGACUUAGACAGAAGCUUACAAGUUCAAAUUAAUAAUUAUCAAGCAGAAAGAAGAAUAGAAUUUUUUCAAGAUGGUGAUAGAAAUAAUAGAAUAGGAAAAGAAUAUAAAGAAGGUAUGAAGUGCGAAAAAGCAGUAGUUGAGGCGCAUAAGAUGGUAGAUGAAUUGAGAAAUGGCGGAGAAGCUGGAUUACCGCAUUUAGGACCAUUAAGCGAUGCAGCAGGAAGACCAAUAAAAGUAUUAGAUGAGAAAGGACAACUCGUACGCAUUAUUGGCGAAGAUAAACAUGGUGAACCCAUCGAAGUUCAAUAUCAUAAAACAAAUGCAAAUCAUCCUUCAGGACAUUGGACUUUACCUGGAGGAAAAGAACCAACACUUAGUGGUACAGGAAACAAUAAUUGCUUGUUCAAUGUUGUCGCACAAGCUACAGGAAAAGAUCCUAAUCAAUUAAGACAAAAUACCGCUAUCAGAAUGGAGAUUGAUAAGGAAAAUCUCGCAAAUCAGGUCCAUGAUAUUAGAAGAUUAGAGCAACAUAAAAGGGAUGCACUAACAUUAGGAGGAUUUACACAUCAUCUUGGUGAAGAAAGAUUUGUGGUAGAUGGAUCUCAGGGUGUUAAACCUUAUGGAUCAAAGGCAGCAGGACACCCAAACGACCAUGUACAAGGCAACCUGCCACAUGAUAAGAUAGCUGAAAAACCAAGUCAUACAAAUUUCGUUAACAAAAAUGAUCAAAUUAAAUGUUUCAGACAGGGCAUGGAAUACAUCAUUGGAAACCAACGCUUAUCGCAAGAUCGACAAUUUGUUAAAGCAGAAGUGACAUU